AUGCCCAGAGCUGUCAGAGGCGUCUUGAUCGAAUGCGACCCAUCCGUCAAGGCGAUCAUCUUGAAAUAUGACGAAGAGCGACACGAUUAUGUCGUCGAGGACCUGGAUGAUGAGCGGCACUUGGUCAUCAAGGAGAGCCAGCUACAGAACUUGAAGGAGAGAUUAGGCAGGGAACUCGAUGAAAAGGUCAUGCAGCCGGAGGAAUCAGAGUCGGAAUAA